GAUUUGGAAUGCUUUGACUGAUAAUUAUGGUAAUGUAAUGCCUGUUGACUGGAAAUCUUCCCACACCAGAGCUUUGCACUUGCCAACACUAAAUCUUUCAGAAAAAGGGGUAAACGAUAACUUGAACCUUGACCUGUCAGAUGACGAAGAGCUAAGAGAACAGUUGGAUAUGCAUUCUAUCAUUGUUUCCUGCAUCAAUGAUGAACCACUCUUCACAGCAGAGCAGGUAAUUGAAGAAAUAGAGGAAAUGAUGCAGGAAUCGCCUGAUCCCGAAGAUGAUGAAACACCUACCCAAUCAGAUCGGCUCUCCAUACUUUCCCAGGAAAUUCAGACACUCAAGAGAUCCAGUACGAACAACAGCUAUGAAGAGAGAGUAAAACGAUUGUCUGUUGCUGAGUUAAAUGAACUGCUAGAAGAAAUUGAGACUGCUAUUAAGGAUUAUUCUGAGGAACUGGUACAGCAGUUGGCUCUACGAGAUGAGUUGGAGUUUGAGAAGGAAGUGAAAAACAGCUUCAUUUCUGUCCUCAUCGAAGUACAAAACAAACAGAGAGAACACAAAGAAACGGCAAAGAAGAAAAAGAAGCAGAAAAAUGGUAGUCCUCAGAAUGGCAAACAGGAAAAAGGUCAUAUGCCUGGAACACGCUUCAGCAUGGAAGGGAUCUCAAAUGUCAUACAGAAUGGCUUCCGCCACACGUUUGGAAACUCUGGUGGAGAGAAACAGUACUUAACAACCGUCAUUCCUUAUGAGAAGAAAAAUGGACCUCCAUCUGUUGAAGAUCUUCAGACAUUAACUAAAAUCCUGCAUGCCAUGAAAGAGGAUAGUGAGAAGGUGCCAAGUUUGUUAACAGACUAUAUUUUAAAGGGUUUUUCAGAAUUGGAAUUCAAGCUGUCUAUGGUAAUAAUGGAUUUGCUAG